AUGGCAUCUAACGAAGUUUUAGUUUUGAGAGGUUCUCUAGAAGGUCACAACGGUUGGGUUACUUCCCUAGCCACCUCUGCUGGUCAACCAAACCUGCUAGUCUCUGCUUCCAGAGAUAAGACUUUGAUCUCCUGGAAGAUCACUGGUGAAGACGGUCAAUUCGGUGUCCCAGUCAGAUCUUUCAAGGGUCAUUCUCACAUUGUCCAAGAUGUUACCCUAACCCCAGAUGGUGCUUACGCUCUAUCUGCUUCUUGGGAUAAGACUCUAAGACUAUGGGAAGUCGCUACUGGUGAAACUUUCCAAAGAUUCGUCGGUCACAAGGGUGAUGUUAUGUCCGUUGCCAUUGACAGAAAGGCCUCUAUGAUCAUCUCUGGUUCCAGAGAUAAGUCCAUCAAGGUCUGGACUAUCAAGGGUCAAUGUCUAGCUACUCUUCUAGGUCACUCCGACUGGGUUUCCCAAGUCAGAGUUGCUCCAAAUGAGCAAGAUGACGAUGACACUGUCACCGUUAUCUCUGCCGGUAACGAUAAGCUAGUUAAGGCUUGGAACUUAAACCAAUUCCAAAUCGAAGCUGACUUCAUCGGUCACAACGGUAACAUUAACACCAUCACUGCUUCUCCAGAUGGUACUCUAGUUGCUUCCGCUGGUAAGGAUGGUGAAAUCAUGCUAUGGAACCUAGCUACCAAGGAUGCUCUAUACACCUUGAACGCUCAAGACGAAGUCUUCGCUCUAGCUUUCUCUCCAAACAGAUACUGGUUGGCUGCUGCCACCGCUUCUGGUAUCAAGAUCUUCUCUCUAGACCCACAAGCUCUAAUUGACGACCUAAGACCAGAAUUCGCUGGUUACAACAAGGCCGCUGAUCCACACGCUGUUUCUCUAACCUGGUCUGCUGAUGGUCAAACUCUAUUCGCUGGUUACACCGAUAACGUCAUUAGAGUCUGGCAAGUCAUGACCACUAACUAA